AGCUGGCAUAUAUGCUAUAAAGCAGACCCUGCCCUGCAUACCAUCAAAUAUUCUCUAGGACUAGUCUUUAGCCACUCGGUCUUUAUUACUAGAGUUACCAUGGUCGGUCUUGGAAAACUAGUACUUUUGGGUUCCGCCAUAUCAAGCCUUGUUUCGGCACGUUCAAUUACCCUGCGAGACGCAGAUAACCUCAAUCACAACUACAAGCGAUAUAUUGUCACUCUCAGAGAUGGAUUGGACGCUUCUGCUGUGGAACAACAUAUACAGCGGGCAGCUAGUAUACAUGCCAGCAGCAACUCGCCAAUGGUAGAAAUGGGAAGGCGAUGGAACAUUGGAUCCUGGAAUGCCUACUCAUGUACCAUGGAUGGCGACACAUUCACCCAGAUUAGCAGCGAUGACGCUGUAGAGUUGAUUGAAGAUAAUGGCAGAAUCUCUCUAAUGAAGCACACGGUACAGACAGACGCUCCCUGGGGCUUGGCUGAUCUCUCCCAUCGGGUAGCGAACAACACGGACUACGUUUACGACUCAAUUGCUGGCGAAGGCACAUACGCAUACAUACUCGACACUGGGUUGCUGACUACGCACGAGGAAUUUGAGAAUCGUGCUUCUUUGGGCUACAAUGCUGUAGCUGGUGUGUUCGCAGAUGACGUUGGACAUGGAACGCAUGUGGCGGGUACUAUCGCCGGGAAAAAAUAUGGCGUCGCCAAAAAAGCAAAGCUCGUUUCGGUCAAAGUCUUUGCGAAUGCUAUAUCCUAUACUUCGGAUCUUCUCGAAGGAUUCCAUUGGGCCGUUGGCAACAUCACCGCCGAGAAUCGUCAGAGUAUAUCAGUCAUCAAUAUCAGCGCAGGCGGAAAUACCAUAGAAGCUGUUAAUCGAGCAGUUGAAGAAGCAUAUAAACAAGGCGUGUUAACUGUCGUAUCUGCUGGCAAUUACGAUGAAGAUGCUCGAAAUAUGUCACCAGCAUCCGCACCAGCCGCCAUCACCGUCGGAUCAAUUAGAAGAGAUCGCAAACGCUCCCAUUUCAGCAACUGGGGUGAACUGGUCGAUAUUUUCUCGCCAGGCGAGCUUAUCACGUCUGCGUGGAUUAAAACCAAUCAGGAUAAUGCCUCCCUCAGCGGUACAAGCAUGGCUGCGCCCCAUGUAUCUGGCCUCAUCUUAUAUUUGAAGAGUGUUAUCCCUUACCGAAUGAAAACCCCAGGCGACACUAUCGAUGUUCUACGGGAGUUGGCGACGGACGGCGUUGUCGGGGAUCCUAAAGGCUCCAAGAACCUACUAGCCUUCAAUGGCAAUGGAGUAGUCAUUUUCACGGGCAAUUUAACGAAGAGUCUAGCCAAUAUAGAUGGCAUGUAGCUUAUCAAGCCCUGCGGAUGAGUUUAUCAUGCCAUGAAAGACUCGUGAGAGUGCUAUAGGGCAGUUAGCUACAUCCAUUCCUACGCCUAGGAGUCAGUCUUAACGCGCCUUGAGUAU